AUGGCUAUCAGCUCCCCUCUGCUGUCCCUGCACAGGACAGAUGAGAUUAGAACAUCGGAAAGACAAACAAAAAAUACUGUGAGGCCUGAACAUCAUAAGCGCAAGCUGCAGAGACUAAAACGCUCCUUGUCCUUCAAGACCAAGACCAUGCGCAGCAAGAGCGCGGACAACUUAUUCCGAAACAGCAACGACAACAAGACGGAGCUGCUCUCAGACGUGAGCAGCAGCACGGGACAUCUCUGCAACAUGGCCCCGCCGCACACCACCCACCUGCCCAUCCCCCCCGUCCCUCCAGUCAUCCCCUCCGCUCCUCCCCCCAACUCACGGUCCCAGAUACGCAACCCGCUGCAGGUAGACUCGGCAGGACACUGCUUCAUGGAGCACAUCUUCAAGAAGCCCAUGUUCUGUGACGUCUGCAACCACAUGAUCGUAGGUAUGGUUACAUCGCCUGACACUACAACAGCCAAGCAUGUGGUGUUCCUGGCGGGAAACACAGCAAAGCACGGCCUCCGCUGCAAAGCCUGCAAGAUGAGCCUCCACCAGAAGUGUGAAAACGGAGUGGGACAGCAGCGCUGCAUGGGCAAACUGCAUAUGUUUGCCAUUAGCUCAAAUGUUGUCUUAUUAUUUUCUAAAGCCUGUGGAAACAAAGUGGACCCUGUGUACGAGGCCUUGAGGUUUGGCACGUCGCUGGCACAAAAAGCCAAGAGGCCCAGUGGCUCUGAGUCUCCUCAAAGAAACUCGACCAAUGACUUGGAUAAUGUUCCAGAGGAAGUGGUGGCUCACAGCAGCAGGCAGGAGCUGUCGAGAAAACACAGCGAUGAUGUUUUCACAGUAAUCGAGAACGGAAAUGAGCAUUACCUCCAGCCAGAGAGAAGUCCUGACGACUUGCCGUUGGAGCAGAUCCACCUACAACAAGAUGUCCUUAAGCUCAACACCUAUGUGGCCUUGUUCAGCUUUACUCCCCAAGACAGCCAUGACCUGGAGAUGAGCGCAGGAGACAGAAUCUUAGUGGCUGACGACUCGAAUGAUGACUGGUGGAAGGGGGUUAUUGAGGACAGGAUCGGUUACUUCCCGGCGGCCUAUGUUCAUCAGGCUGGGAUUGAGGACCAAGUGUUCAGGUGUAACAGGACAUUCAUCGGCUGUAAGGAACAAGGACAGAUCACCUUAAAGGAGGGACAGAUCUGUGUGAGCAGUGAGGGCGAACACAGCGGCUUCAUCAGAGUGGCGAGUGGAAAGAAGAGAGGCUUCGUGCCCUGCGAUGUUCUGGAAAUCAUAUGAGACAAGCACUCAGAGACAGAAAGAGAGAGACUGAGACAACCAAGAGGAGGAGGAAACUAAAACUGCAAAAUGGCUCAGAGAAACCAGGGAGAGACUUUGCCUCCUCAGAAGUGUUGAUGUUAAAGUGAUACUGGUUUUGUGAAUGAAGACUCUGCUUUGUUGUGGGUCCGAGUCUCCGUACCUUCUUCCCUCUAACACAGGGCUAAAUGCUAAAGUAGACAUUAUAGUGUGUUUGCUAAACAGAAGCCCUCUGUUUCACUGGAUUUGAUUUAAUUUAUAAAGCUGAUCUAAGUGUUUCUGUUCCCCUUAGUUUGAUUUUGCCACAAACUGUUUGUUUUUAAAAAUGGAAACUCCCGUCUGGCUGUUUAAACUAAAGAAAAGGAAACAAACACAAAGCACAUCCAAUGCCAUUCCUCUUACAAAUAGUUUAGUUUCUCAUGCUUUGACAUCAUGUUGCCGGCAAAAGUGUAGCUUUUAAUCCAAGGAUUUGAAGUUUGUAAUAAAUGGGUGAUUAUUUUGGAUGACAAAAUGCCAGAUCUCAGAAGGCAAUGGAAAAUUGUAUCACAGUAAACCUACUUUCUACUUAAAACAUUUUUUUAAACUUGCCAUAACUUCCAAACUACAGUGACAGUCCUAAGGUAGAAGGUCAUUCACAACAAAGAGAUUUGAGGGAGUAUUUUCAGAGGAAUUUGUCACAAUCAAAGACUUCAGAAAUGCUCAGUGGUCUUUUCAAAAUAUCGCCCUCAUUUUCCCCAGAUUUCAAAUCUGACUCAUUGCAUUUCCUGAAUUACUCAAUGGUGACGGUAAUAUGCAUUUUUCUUUAUCGUUAAAAUCAGAACCCUUAUUUAAAAUCUGUGUUCCACUAGAAAACAAACUUGUUAUUUACAAAUGUUUACCUUUUAAAUUGUUUCCAUGCUUUGGGAUCCAUUUGACUGAUCUUUUAAGGUUUGUCUUUAAUUAAAUUAUUUCUCUUUUUGGUGAUUCUGAGAGGUUUUACAUCAUAGUAGAUAUAGUAUAUCUCUUAAAGGUUGUUCUGCACUAAAACGUGGCUUUAUUGAAUGUCCUGUAAAUACUGUACAUACAAAAUAAAAAAAUAUUCUUUAUCACAACAAACCUGA